AUGGAUCAACCUGGUAAAGGCACCACAACUCCUCAACCCAACUCUACCAUCCACAUGACAACCUUCUUCUGGGGUAAACAAGUGGAGAUCCUCUUCCCUGGUUUCCCUGACCAGAACCUUGGCUUGUAUGUAUUAUCUCUCUUCUUUGUGGCUAUGCUUGCAGCCGCCGUUGAGGUCUUGAAGGCUACAACAGAGGGUGGAAAGCAGCAGCAGAGGAGGGGAAAUGAUCCGAGAAAAACUUGGUUGAUCCAAAGUGGUGUACACAUGCUUCGAGUGGGUCUUAUUUAUAUGGUUAUGCUAUCUGUUGUGUCUUACAACGCUGGUAUAUUUCUUGCUGCCGUCGCCGGUCACACUCUUGGAUUCUUAGUUUCAACACGCCCUGUAGCUUCUCCGGUCAAUCCCUUGCUUAAAGAGAUGAGUCUCUCCACCACCAACUCUUCUUCUUUGGAAGCCUGA